UAAUGACGUCAUCAUAGAGGUCCUGAAUUUCAAAACAAAUGAAAUGGCUGCGAUCAGAAGAUGGAGUCUGUUACAGAUCUUGUGGUCACGAUCGGUUGUGUGUAACAGGCUUCCCAACAAAGGGAAAAAUCGGUUCUACUUAACAUGCUACGACCAAAACAACAGAAAAGCACAGCUUCUGUACCAACCAGGUGUGAAUCGCCUUUCAAUGAGAAGCUUGUCAGUUCAGACUCUGGACACUCCAAAUCCCAGGAGUUUGAAAUUCCUUCCGGGCAAACCUGUUCUGGGAACAGGAACUCUGGAUUUUCCCAAAGAGAGCACAGCUGAAUGCUCUCCAUUAGCCAGGGACCUCUUUCAGGUGGAAGGGGUAAAGAGUGUGUUCUUUGGCCCUGACUUCAUCACAGUGACAAAGAGGGAUGAUGAUGUGGAGUGGGCAGACAUCAAACGUAAUGUGAUUGAGGUCAUCACUAAAUUCUUUGAGAGUGGAGGUCCCAUAACUACGGGAGAGGUGCACACAGAAAGUGGCCCGUCAGAAGAGGAUGAAGAUGAAGUUGUUUCCAUGAUUAAGGAGCUUCUAGACACACGUAUAAGACCUACUGUGCAGGAGGACGGUGGUGAUGUCAUCUUCAAGGGCUUCGAGGAUGGGACGGUGAAGCUUAAGCUGGUGGGGUCCUGCACAGGAUGCCCCAGUUCCGCAGUCACCCUCCGGAAUGGCAUCCAGAACAUGCUGCAGUUCUACAUCCCCGAAGUGGAUGACGUGCUACAGGUGGAAGAUGAGGUGGAUGAAGUGAAUGAACGCGUUUUUACGGAAUUGGAACGGAAACUACAAGACUCCUAAUGCUGUCCGCUGCCCGACCACACGUGCAGUCUAUAUGCAUGUGCACACCUUACUAGCUAAAUGGUUAGACCUUGUAUUGUACAUUUAGGACCUUAGUGCAAUAUUUGUUUGCAAGUCAAGUGUCUUUUGAAUUGCACUUUCCAGAUAUCUCAAGUCAUUCUGAAAAUCCAAAUGGAAUUUCUGAAGAUUGGUAUAAAUUUUGAAUCUGUUACAGAGAACCAGAUUUUAUUUAGUGUUUUGUCACGUGCUUCAGGUGAGACUGUAAAUACUGACAAUUAUUAUUAUUUUCAGGCUGUUAUCAGAUGGGUAGGAAGGCACUUGUGUUUCUAUCACACGGCAGUUUGAUGUAAAAGGCUAUUUUUGAUGGAGGUUUUCUAACAGGAAUGCACAGGAAAACUAUGGUCUUGAAGUCUUCCUCAAAAUGACUUUUCCAUUAAAUUAGUUUCUAGAAUGCUCUUCUGUAAGAUGUAAAGACCCAUUUAUGUCAACAUCCAUUGCUCAGAUUUUAAAAGUUUAGCAAGUUAUUUCCUGCCCUUAAAUAAAAUGGCUCAAUUGCUGUUCAUCUAUAA